UAGGUCAAUGCGCUGCCUUUCAGCUGACGGCUGGGGGGAAACCGCAAGACGUGGACAUUAGAUGUUCUCUUCAGAGAAGAGUCCAGAAUUCUGCUUUAACGUAACGACUGCAAGCAGAAUUCCUAUGGCCGAAGCCCUGGCAGUGCUUGUAGUUGGCGGUCGGACAUCCUCACACACUUCUGAUGACUCCGAAGUACAAGAUGGGACUGACGGACGAGAUCUCCAAGAAUGCACUGUUUGUGUGCGUCUUGAUGGGUCUGUUUGCUGUCAUCGGUUUGGCCGACAACAUCAUGUUGUUCCGGGCCCUGGUCAAAUACAAGAAGACCCGGAUCGGGCUGUUUGCGUUGGCGGCUGGACUUGCCAUCGCCGAUGUCCUUUACCUGGCACUGGGCAUUCCAGUUGGAAUAUUGUAUGAAACGAACAAUGUGGAAUUACUGCUGAACUCAGAACCUUUCUGCAAAGUGGAGGCUUACCUGUCUCAUACGUUUACAUACAUAGCCGCCUACCACCUGGUAGCGUUUGCUGUGUUAAGGGCUAUUGUGUUAACAAGUCGAUCUCGCCGCGGUCCAACCUUUGUCCAGGGAGUUCUCUGCAGCUUAUGUCUUUGGAUUUUAGCUCUGCUGGCCAAUGUCCCAAUGUUGACCCUUGACGAUGAAACUCACGAACUUCUCUGCUUGUUGAAAUUUGACUAUAGCCUUGAACAGUUUUUGCUCAUCUCUUUAGGAUUUUCCUUCGUUUUGCCAGUAGUUCUCAUAUCUCUGAUAUAUUUUGCCACGUAUUUGGUGUGCCGUAGGUUUUGUGAAGACAGUUACAGCCCUCGCCAGAGACAGUUUUCCAAGUUGGUCUCCAUCGUUAUAAGUGUGUUCAUAGCUCUCUGGCUACCAGUGAACAUCCUGCACCUUGUCAUUUUGUACAAGGAUCAAGCCAUCGCCGACAUGCCGAUGGACCCAGCGCUUCAGGCCCAGCGCAUACAAAAGUAUUACGAGAUGGACGUAUUGUACACUGUACGAGACUAUUUCAUCGCCAUUGCUCAUCUGGACAAGUUCAUAAGACCGAUUAUUUACGCGAAAAUGUCAAGGGAUUUUGGCAAAAGCUUCGACGAAGUAGUCAACUGUAAUUCAUGUUUUAAAGACGACGAGAGGCGGGGUAAUUCUUCGUCCACGGCGCCUCUAGCGGGGACUGACCCAUGUCCCGAGGAAGUCCUGUAACAAUAAGCUCAUACGUGUAGCUUAGUCAGACCCAUCCAGUGGGAUGUUAAGACGAUUAAAUGCCCAGAUAAACGUCCAGAAAUACAUCUGUUCUCAUAAUUCGAAGCUGUUAUUAGCUGUCGUCGUAACCUCAACAGCACAAUACAGAGUUUUAUAUUCACGCCAAUCUGAUUAACGUUUUAUGCGAACAUGGUUUGGCAACCUUGUGUUCUUUGUCAAACUUGUGAGUAAAUGUCUUACGUUAAAGUGAAUACAAGUUCAGCCGUGGGAACUAGAGUGCAAGAGGAAACCAGUGGAAUCGUAUGGUGCCAAGAUUCGUCAUAAAGAUGUUUCCGGUAUUUACCGGAGAACUAUUAUGCCAUACAUAAUGAACGUGCCCUAAGGUUUUUAACAGUGUUGGGAAAUGUAACACUUUAAUGUAAAAUUGAAAUUGAAAUGCCAUUUGAAAUGUAGCCUUCGUUUAGCGAGUAUUGCCAAAAUUCUUACAUUGGCAAUUGGGCGAAACUGUAUAGUGUUUCCCAAGUGAUGAAAUGAUUCUUUCAUCAUUGAAUACAGUGCUGGGAUUAUGUGCAUGUACAUAAUGUGUAUACUGAGCUAUGUGAUUAUUGUUAUUAUGCAACAGGUUGAUAGGUUUUUUCACUUCAUGGAAGCGCUACAGUGUGGCUGGCAUGGAGAAAUCUCCGUGACAGACACUCUUACAUCUUAUGAUAAAUCCUUCUUUAUGACUAUUAUAGCAAUCAUCAGUGCUGACAUUACUUUGGCUGCGAAGAGUAACGUAGUUCUACAUGUAUUAUAUUUUUAACUGGCUCAAGUUUUUUGUAUUUUUUUUUAAAUUGUUUGCUUAUAUGUAAAGAAAGUAUGAAAGCAGAUGCAUAUGGUGAUGAAGGAUAACAGUUUGUAUACUACAGCGUGUGUGGAUGGAGGCAGACUCCGAGGGUAAUGGCGUGCAUAG